CAAGUGGAGUCAACAAUUGUGGAGAUUGUGGAGAGGUCUUUGGAAUUCUGCCUAUUGUAUCUUGAAAAAUCAUCAUAUGCUUGCGAUGACUAUGGUUUACUGAAUGAAGUUGCCUAUUUCAUGGAAUCCGUGCUGCUUAAAGGGAUUCCUAGCAAGGUUUACUCAUUGGAACCCAGUGUUGUAAAUGAUGUUAUUGAACAGUGGUCUUCUGUCCAAGUUGAUUCUGAGUGGGUCAGCCCUCAAGAGAAGUAUUUCUGCUAUUUAAAAGGCUUCAAUUGCUCAAACAGUGGAGAUGAUCUGCAACGGUUUCGUUUGACCUUAUCACCUGAAUGUUUACAGCAAGAUUAUGUUAUUGCAGAGAAUACUGAAUCACUGUACACAGUGCCCCCAAACGGAAUUCUGUCAAUAGCGCAGCACUUUGCAGUUGUUCACCUAAAUUGCAUACCGCUCCUUCUUACGUUGGUUCAGAAGCUUUGCCAAUCUCCAGCUUUGGAUGUGAUAGAAGAUACAAACUUCAACAUGAGGUUGUCUUUUGGCCAAAGAAUUUUGAAGUUAGUACAUGGCUUGGCUAUGGAAUUUCCUUGUGACACUUCUGAUACGAUGAUUCUUACUUCCGUAGCAAGAUGUACUGAUAGUCUGCCAGUGUUGUUUAGACUUAAGUUCAAGUUCUCUAACCAUGACCGAGUGUUCUCUGGAGAUGGUGUUGGAACUGUGUUGCUGCAAAUACUUGACGAAUUUCUACAGCUAAUUCAUAUUAUCUUCUGCAACAGUGAUAUUUGUUGUACAGUACAGGUAUGCGUACUUGCCUCCCUGUUGGAAAUUUUCAGCCCUGAAAAAUGGAAAUAUGACAAAUCUGCUGCUUGCUUGAUGCCCCCUUUAGCUUAUUCACCCCACAUUGUUCAAUAUGUGUUGAAACUUCUUAAUGAUACCAAACGUUGGACAAGCCGUGUUGACAGGGACAGACCUGGCAAAUAUGUUAUAGGUUAUUCAUGCAAUUCUGAGAUAGAUAGUUUGUUUUGCCAUACUCGUUCAAAGAAAGUGCCUUUGCUGAAGAAAUACGCAUGUGACGAGUAUCUACAACUAAUCUUCCCUCCAGAAGAGCAAUGGUUGGAUGAUUUGGUACAUCUUAUCUUCUUCCUCCAUGAAGAAGGAGUAAAAUCAAUGUCUAUACUUGAAAAGACGCAGUCGAGUUGCAUGAAGCAAGUUACUCUUUCAGAGUUGGAGUCUGUGGCUAGUCAUGAGGAAGAAGCAUUGUUUGGAAAUUUAUUUGCUGAAGCCCGCUCCACAGGAGUAGCUGACAGUGUUGAACAGCCGAUUUCUCUAGGGAGUGGCCCUUCUAGCAGCCAGCAUGGCCCUAUUCAAUUAGCUGCUGACUUGAUAUGCUUUAUGAAGAUGUCCAUCUUCUCCCCUGAAUGGUGCACUGCUAUAUAUAUGAUUGCUUGCAGGAAGUUCAACAGCAAUCAUUUGGAACAGUUUCUUUCAAUACUUCAGUGUCCAGCCUUUUGCUCUGAUGAAAGCAAUGCUACAACAUCAUUCUCUGUGGUUAGCUCAUUGCAUAUCAACACAGCUUGUUUUGAACUUCUCCAGAUGUUUCUUAUUUCUGAUGAAUGCCCGGCGUCUUUAAGAGAGGACCUUGUGGAUAAAGUGUUUAAUGCUGAUAAUGGGAUGCAUACUUACAACAAUUAUACGCUUGCUCUAGUGGCAUGUGCUAUCAUCUCUGGGACAAGCUCUACUUAUAAUCUUGGAAGAAAAGUUUUUGUUCAGUAUGUUGGUUAUCUUUUGGAGAAAGCAAAUGAUAAAUCAUCCAGCUCAUUGGAUUUCAAUAAUUUCUGCAAAAUUCUUCCUUGUGCCUUCCACCUGGAAAUUCUUUUGGUGGCAUUCCAUUCAACAACUGGGCCAGAAAAGGCUGACUUGAUCAAUAUUGUACUUUCCUCCCUAGAAAAAAUGAAACAGCCUCCACUUGGAGUAAAUGCAUCUGGACUCACAAGAUGGGGUUUACUCCUGUCAAGACUCCUGCUUGUCUUGCAGCAUAUGUUGUUGUAUCCGGUAACACAUCCGUCAUGGUUGCUUAUGAGAUUACGAUCCAGAAUGAGAGAUAUUAUGUUGAAAGAAGGCCAGUCACGAUCCAUGAACGAUUGCUUGCCAUCCGUCACAACUGAGAUUGUGGAGGGCAUUUUUGCUGAUACCAUCAAGGAGUAUGCUUUGACUAGUAGUUUAUUCCCUCAAUUGAUUGAUGUGACUCCAGCUCAUACUGAAUUGUAUUUUGAUAAGUCUGCUCUUGAAGCUUUAGGCUUGAACUUUGCUGAUUUGGGUGUAACAAUCUCUGAAAUUCUUGGUGUUUGGAAGGGUAAGAAAGCUGAAGUGAUGGAGGAUCUCAUUGUGGAGAGAUACUUAUUUUUGAUUUGCUGGAGCACUCUCUCUGGUAUAGGUUACAAUGGUGGAUACGAAGGUCUGUUGAAUCCUGACUUUGCUGAUGUAAACCUUUUCAUUUCAUUUGCUCUCAGUGUAAGUGAUGAUACUUCAUCACUUUUGGAUUCCAAUCUGCCUUCUGUUAUUUUUGGAUUCCUAGAAUUGUUGCAUUCUGAGCUUCGUUGUGGUUCAAGUGUGCUAGAAAGUUGGGAUUUCCCCAGGAAAGGAGCAUGGCUUUCUCUUAUUCUGUCUCUCAUUAAUUCUGGUUUUUGGGGGCACCAAAUAAGUGAGAAACCUGAUAUUGAUUUGCACGGAAAGCAGUUGGUCCAUGAUGCAGAACUAUUUGGGAAGAGUUUGCUUCCAUACAUAAGUGAAAAUAGUGGACGUUGUUUAAAUGUCCUGUCAUCUCUGUUGGAGACUUAUCUUCAUACUUUCAAGGAAGCAUAUAUCUCAUUUUUCCAUAAAGGGAUGGAAUCUAAGGAUCAUUGUUAUCCUUCCUGGCUGCUUAAACAUUCUGUAUUUGAUAAAUCCAAGCAUCAGCUUCUCUUUGAUAAAGUUGGUUCAAACAUUAUGCUGGAUCCUUUAUUUGACCUUUCAUCAAGGGUUGAUCGAGUUGCUAUGAAAUUGGGUGAUGGACGGAAAGAAUACUUUCUCUUGAAGUGUUUGUUGCAUGGAUUCCCAUUGAAUUCUGCGUCCAACAACAGUGCUAUCCUUUCUUGUGUUCUGGUGAUAAAUGAGAUCAUAAACACACUCAAUGGAUGUAUAAAGAUCAUGUGGCCCGAUGACAGAGAUCUAGUUGGUGCUGGUGUUAAAUCCAAACUACUUAGUUUGGUAAUGACUAUAAAGUCAGACAGAAUGUUCACAUCUAUCCACAAGCUGUGUGAUUCUAUAUUUAUGAGCCUAAUUGACAACAAGGAUGAUCUGGUUGGUUAUAGUGACUUAUUUGUUCUGAAGCAGUUAGAAGGGUACCUGGCGGACAUCAACUCGAAAGAAAGCAUGGAUCAUGUUGUGAAAGAAAUUAUGGUUUCUACAGUUGUUGAUCUAGUGGAAGACCUCCGAUCUAAAACACACGUGUUUAAAUUCUUCCUUGGUGAUGCAGAAGGAGCACCUUAUGGAGCAAACAAUCUUUUUGCUCCCGAGCAGGCUGAUAUGCCCAUUUUUAUUGAUGUACUGGACAAAUGCCAGUCUGAGCAGGUUAAUUUGAAGAUUCUUAACUUGUUUACUGAUAUUUUAGGUGAUGAUGGUCUUUGUCCUGAUCUUAAGCAGAAGUUGCAACACAAAUUUAUUGGAAUGGAUGUGUCCUGCUUUUCUUCUUGGCUAGAAUUUAGAAUGCUGGGUCAUUCUGUGAAGAUUGAAAGUACCAAUAGUACUACAUCAGGUACUACAACACUCAGAGAAUUGGCAAUGGAUUUUCUUAUGCGCCUUACCUGCCCUUCAUCUGAGAUACUGGCCAAAGAGCUUCAGCAUCACCUCUUUGACUCAAUGCUCUUAUUACUUGAUAGAGCAUUUAUGUCAUGUGACCUUCAGACUGCUAAAGCACAUUUCCAUUUUAUUUCUCAACUGUCAACUGAGGAAUCACAUUUCAAGCAGCUCUUUGAAAAAACACUCACACUGAUGGAGAAUAUGGUUGGUAAUGAGGGUUUGCUUCAUACUUUGAAGUUUAUGUUUACUUGUGUGGAGUCAGUGUUUGGUGAUGCUGGAUUAAACAGAAGUGCACUUAAGAGGCUUUCUUCUAAAAGUUCUGGGGACAGUUUUGGUUCAGGAUCUCUCAUCCCAAAGCAACUGAAGAAUUCAGGCAGUCUUGUUCUUCGCACCAAUCAAGAAAGUAAUUCCACUGUUGAUUGUGAUGCUAGCUCCGGUGAGGAAGAUGAAGAUGAUGGAACAUCUGAUGGGGAAUUGGUCAGCAUUGAUAGAGAUGAGGAAGAGGAUGGAAACAGUGAAAGAGCUCUUGCAACCAAAGUGUGCACAUUUACAUCCAGUGGUAGCAAUUUCAUGGAACAACAUUGGUACUUCUGCUAUACAUGUGAUUUGACUGUUUCCAAGGGUUGCUGUUCUGUUUGUGCCAAGGUGUGCCAUCGAGGGCAUCGUGUUGUUUAUUCCCGGUCAAGCCGUUUCUUCUGUGACUGUGGAGCUGGGGGUGUUAGAGGAAGCAGCUGUCAGUGCUUGAAACCUCGUAAAUUUACUGGUACCUCUAGUGUAUCACCUCCUGUCACGAGCAGCUUCCAGCCAAUAUUGCCUUAUCAUGAGGAUAUGGAGCAUGUUGCAGACAGUGGUUCUGAUUUUGAAGAUGACAUCUCAGUUGAAGCUGAUAAUUGCAUCAAGCUAUCUGUGCCAAAAGGCUUUGGUGAUGAGCUUCCUGUAUUUCUUAAAGAUCUUGAUAUUGAAGCUCGAAUGCUUGAACUUUGCAAGAAGUUGCUUCCCAUGAUACUUAGCCAAAGAGAGCUCAAUCUUUUGAAGGACAGGAAAGUAUUUUUAGGAAGUGAUAUGCUCAUGGCACAAGCUUCUGAUAUUUUUCAACUGAAGAAAGCUUUCAAAAGUGGAUCGCUGGACCUGAAGAUAAAAGCAGAUUAUCCAAAUUCAAGGGAACUUAAGUCACAUCUUGCAAAUGGGUCUCUUACUAAAUCGUUGCUAAGUACCAGCAUUCGAGGUAAGCUUGCUGUUGGAGAAGGGGAUAAAGUAGCUAUAUUUGAUGUGGGACAAAUUAUUGGACAGCCUACUGCAGCUCCUAUUACAGCAGACAAAACAAACGUGAAGCCUCUCUCCAGGAACAUAGUUCGCUUUGAAAUUGUUCAUUUGAUUUUCAAUCCAUUAGUAGAGCAUUACCUAUGUGUUGCUGGGCUUGAGGAUUGUCAAGUACUAACAUUAAAUAGUCGUGGUGAGGUAACUGAUCGGCUUGCAAUUGAACUUGCUCUGCAAGGAGCAUAUAUUCGUCGUGUGGAUUGGGUUCCAGGUUCUCAGGUGCAACUCAUGGUAGUAACGAACAAGUUUGUGAAGAUAUAUGAUCUCUCGCAGGACAACAUUAGCCCAUUGCAUUAUUUUACUGUGGCUGAUGAUAUAAUUGUUGAUGCCACGCUUGUUCCCUCAUCAAUGGGAAAAUUGGUGCUUCUUGUUCUUUCUGAAGGAGGCCUUUUAUAUAGGUUGAGUGUUGCAUUGGCAGGUGAUGUUGGUGCCAAAACAUUGACUGAUACAGUCUUCGUGAAAGAUGCAGUAUCUAUGCACAAAGGUCUCUCAUUGUACUUCUCAUCAACCUACAGGCUUCUAUUUGUGUCUCAUCAAGAUGGCACAACUUUCAUGGGGCGCCUGGAUGCUGAUUCUUCAUCAAUUACUGAAUUGUCCUACAUAUGUGAGAAUGAUCAAGAUGGUAAAUCCAAGCCAGCAGGUCUGUACCGUUGGAGAGAGCUAAUAGUUGGCAGUGGGACUCUUGCUUGCCUAUCAAAGUUUAAAUCAAACACUCCUCUUGCUGUAUCUUUAGGUCCUCAUGAGUUGUUUGGAUACAAUAUGAGGCAUGCAAGUAAUUCAAAUGCUCCACUUGUUGGCAUUGCCGCAUAUAAGCCUUUAUCCAAAGAUAAAGCACAUUGUCUUCUCUUGUAUGAUGAUGGAAGCCUUAAUAUUUAUUCACAUACACCUAAUGGAAGUGAUAGUUCAACAACCCUUACUGCAGAACAGACAAAGAAGUUGGGCAGCAGUAUCCUUAGCAGUAGAGCUUAUGCUGGCACAAAACCAGAAUUUCCUCUUGAUUUUUUUGAGAAGACGACUUGCAUCACAUCUGAUGUGAAAUUCAAUAGUGACACGACCAAAAGUGGUGAUUCUGAAAGCAUCAAACAAAGACUGAGCUCAGAUGAUGGCUAUUUGGAAAGUUUGACAUCUGCUGGCUUCAAGGUAAAUAUUUCAAAUCCAAACCCUGAUAUCGUCAUGGUUGGCUGCCGAAUCCAUGUGGGUAACACAUCUCCUAGCAAUAUCCCUUCAGAAAUCACAAUUUUCCACAGAGUCAUUAAGCUGGAUGAAGGCAUGAGAUCUUGGUAUGAUAUUCCGUUCACUACUGCUGAAUCACUCCUGGCUGACGAAGAAUUCACAAUUAUUGCUGGUCGGACAUUCGAUGGUUCAUCUAUUCCUCGGUUAGAUUCUAUUGAAGUGUAUGGCCGUGCCAAAGAUGAAUUUGGAUGGAAAGAAAAAAUGGAUGCUGCACUUGAUAUGGAAGCGCAUGUCCUAGGUGGUAGUUCUGCUAGUGGAAAGUCUGGAAAACAUGCUCAAACAAUGCAAGCUGCUCCUAUCCAGGAGCAGGUUUUGGCAGAUGCUCUCAGGAUCCUGUCAAGGAUAUACCUGCUUUGCCAACCAAGUUCCUGUACAGAUACAACUGAUGCAGAUAUGGAACUUAACAAUCUAAAAUGCAGAUCUUUGUUGGAAACAAUCUUUCAGAGUGACAGGGAGCCUAUGUUACAUUCUGCUGCAUGCCGUGUCCUUCAGGCCGUGUUCCCGAAGAAAGAAAUAUACUAUCAUGUUAAGGACACCAUGCGCCUUCUAGGGGUAAUAAAAUCGCUUCCUGCAAUUACUUCAAGACUAGGAGUUGGAGGUGCCGCAUCCAGUUGGGUUACAAAAGAAUUCAUAGCCCAGAUUCACACUGUGUCAAAAGUUGCUAUGCACAGGAAAUCAAACUUGGCCUCCUUUCUUGAGACCCAUGGCACUGGACUAGUUGAUGGUCUAAUGCAAGUUUUCUGGGGUAUUUUGGAUUUAGACAGGCCAGAUACACAAACGAUAAAUAGCCUUGUUGUACCCUGUGUGGAAUUUAUUUAUAGCUAUGCUGAAUGCUUGGCCUUACAUUCAAAUGAAAAAUCUGGAGUAUCAGUAGCACCUGCGGUUGCCUUAUUGAAGAAGUUACUAUUUGCACCAUAUGAAGCAGUUCAGACUUCUAGCAGUUUGGCUAUUUCAUCACGGUUUCUCCAAGUCCCUUUCCCAAAGCAGACAAUGAUAGCUAAUGAUGAUGCUCCUGACCAUCAUGCAAAAGCAAGUGCUUCAAUUCCAACCACUGGAAAUUCUCAGGUCAUGAUUGAAGAAGAUCCUGCCACAUCAUCGGUGCAAUAUUGUUGUGAUGGUUGUUCCACUGUUCCAAUACUUAGGCGAAGGUGGCACUGCAACAUAUGUCCAGAUUUUGACCUAUGUGAAACCUGCUAUGAGAUUCUUGAUGCAGAUCGUCUACCUGCACCACAUUCAAGAGACCAUCCCAUGUCAGCAAUACCAAUUGAGCUUGAUACGUUUGGGGGUGAAGGAAAUGAAAUUAAUUUCUCAGUCAAUGAACUAUCAGAUCCUAAUGUCCUCCAAGCUCCUGCCAACAGAAGUAUCCAGACCUCACCAUCACCAAUUCAUGUACUGGAUGCAAGUGAGUCUGUAGAUUUCCAUGAUUCCAUGCCAGAACAAAGAACGGUAUCAAUUUCUGCAUCAAAACGUGCCAUUAACUCUCUGCUACUUAGCUGUCUAAUUGACGAGCUUAGUGGCUGGAUGGAGACCACAACUGGCACUCGGGCUAUACCUAUAAUGCAGCUGUUUUACAGACUUUCUUCUGCAGUUGGCGGACCUUUCAUGGAUAGCACAAAACCUGAAAAUUUGGAUUUAGAAAAGUUUGUGAAGUGGCUUAUAGAUGAAAUCAAUAUAAGUAAGCUAUUUCCUGUGAAAACACGGUGUUCUUUUGGGGAAGUAUCUAUCCUUGUUUUCAUGUUUUUUACAUUAAUGUUCCGUAGCUGGCAUCAACCUGGGACUGAUGGCUCUCAUUCAAAGUCAGGUGGGAGCUCUGAUUUGACCGAAAAGGGUCCUGUUCAUGUCCAAGUAGCAACCAUGACUCUUCCAUCCUCCAGUGGUGACCAUGAUAAAAAUGAAUUUGCUUCCCAGUUGAUUCGUGCCUGUUCUGCUCUCAGGCAACAAUCCUUUCUAAAUUAUUUGAUGGAUAUACUGCAGCAACUUGUUCAUGUUUUUAAGUCAUCUUCCGUAAAUGGUGAAGGUGGUUCUUCUAGUUCAGGCUGCGGAUCCCUAUUGACAGUACGGAGAGAGCUACCAGCUGGAAACUUCUCUCCUUUUUUCUCAGAUUCAUAUGCCAAGUCCCAUCCGACUGAUCUGUUCAUGGACUACUACAAACUGUUAUUGGAGAAUACAUUCAGGCUUGUAUAUAGCAUGGUUCGACCAGAAAAGGAGAAAACCGCUGAGAAAGAUAAAAGUUGCAAGGUUCCCAACACCAAGGAUCUAAAGUUGGAUGGAUAUCAAGAUGUUCUUUGCAGUUAUAUCAGCAAUGCUCAUACAACGUUUGUUCGGAGGUAUGCAAGGAGGCUAUUUCUUCAUCUGUGUGGCAGUAAGACUCAUUAUUAUAGUGUCAGGGAUUCAUGGCAACAUUCACAUGAAGUCAAGAAACUUCAUAAAAUCAUCAAUAAGUCUGGGGGAUUUCGAAAUCCCGUGCCCUAUGAGAGAAGUGUUAAGCUUAUAAAAUGUUUGUCUACUCUUUGUGAUGUGGCUGCAUCAAGGCCAAGAAAUUGGCAAAAGUUCUGCUUGAAGCACUUGGAUCUUCUUCCUUUUCUGAUGGACAACUUUUACUAUUUCAGUGAAGAGUGUAUUAUCCAGACUCUCAAGCUUUUAAACCUAGCAUUCUAUUCAGGAAAAGAUGCUAACCAUAGUGCACAGAAAGCAGAGAGUGGAGAUAUUGGAGGUUUUACAAGGGCUAGCUCACAGUCGUCAGAUUCAAAAAAGAAGAGGAAAGGUGAUGAUUGCUCCGAAGGAUCCUCAGAAAAAACCUGCAUGGACAUGGAGCAGGUUGUUGGAGUGUUCACAGGUAAGGAUGGCGAUGUCUUGAAACGUUUUGUUGAUACAUUCCUAUUAGAAUGGAACUCAACAAGUGUGCGCCAUGAGGCCAAAAGUGUUCUAUUUGGACUGUGGUAUCAUGCAAAGAGCUCAUUUAAGGAGAACAUGUUAACAACUCUACUGCACAAGGUGAAGUAUCUACCCAUGUAUGGGCAGAAUAUCAUCGAGUACACUGACCUCAUGACAUGUUUACUAGGAAAAGCUAAUGAUUCUACUGCAAAGCAAAGUGACAAUGAACUUCUGAAUAAAUGUUUAACAUCUGAUGAAAUAAGCUGCAUUUUUGACACACUUCAUUCACAAAAUGAGCUUUUGGCAAAUCAUCCAAACUCCCGUAUAUACAACACACUGAGUUGCUUAGUGGAGUUUGAUGGCUAUUACUUGGAGAGUGAGCCUUGUGUUACCUGCAGUUGCCCAGAUGUUCCAUACUCGAGAAUGAAGCUUGAAAGUCUGAAGUCUGAGACCAAAUUCACCGGCAAUAGGAUAAUAGUGAAAUGUACUGGAAGCUUUACUAUACAGUCAGUGACAAUGAAUGUUUAUGAUGCUCGCAAGUCAAAGUCAGUGAAAGUGCUUAAUCUAUAUUACAACAACAGGCCGGUAACAGACUUGUCAGAACUGAAGAAUAAUUGGUCUCUCUGGAAGCGUGCUAAAAGCUGUCAUCUUACCUUUAAUCAGACAGAAUUGAAAGUUGAGUUCCCCAUCCCAAUCACAGCAUGCAAUUUCAUGAUUGAGCUUGAUUCGUUUUAUGAAAAUCUUCAAGCAUCUUCCCUUGAGUCAUUGCAAUGCCCACGGUGUAGCAGGUCUGUAACUGAUAAGCAUGGCAUCUGUAGCAAUUGUCAUGAAAAUGCAUAUCAGUGUAGACAAUGUAGAAAUAUUAACUACGAAAACCUUGAUUCUUUCCUCUGUAAUGAGUGUGGAUACAGUAAAUAUGGUCGUUUUGAAUUCCAUUUCAUGGCAAAACCAAGCUUCUCAUUUGAUAACAUGGAAAAUGAUGAUGAUAUGAGAAAAGGAUUGGCAGCAAUUGAGUCAGAAUCAGAAAAUGCUCAUAGACGAUACCAGCAGCUGAUGGGAUUUAAGAAGCCUCUCAUCAAACUUGUAUCAAGCAUAGGUGAACAGGAGAUUGAUUCACAACAGAAAGAUGCUGUCCAGCAGAUGAUGGUGUCUCUGCCUGGGCCCACAGGCAAGGUAAAUCGCAAAAUUGCACUUCUUGGUGUGUUGUAUGGUGAAAAGUGCAAAGCAGCUUUUGAUUCAGUGAGCAAAAGUGUUCAGACAUUACAAGGACUGCGCCGUGUUUUAAUGACAUAUCUGCACCAGAAGAAUUCUAACGAUACCAAUGCAUUACCAGCUUGUUCAAUACCAAGGUCUCCAAGUAGUUGCUAUGGCUGUAGUACCACGUUUGUUACUCAAUGUUUGGAGUUAUUACAAGUGCUGUCCAAGCAUGCAAGCUGCAGGAAGCAACUUGUUAGUGCUGGCAUUUUAUCAGAGUUAUUUGAAAACAACAUUCAUCAGGGCCCCCGAACUGCACGCACUCUUGCAAGAGCUGUGCUUUCUUCCUUCUCUGAAGGUGAUGCAGAUGCAGUUCAGGAACUGAAUAGCUUAAUUCAGAAGAAGGUGAUCUAUUGUCUUGAGCACCAUCGCUCCAUGGAUAUUUCGCAAUCUACACGAGAAGAGUUACUUUUACUUUCAGAGACCUGUGCUCUUGUGGAUGAGUUUUGGGAGGCAAGACUUCGUGUUGCAUUUCAAUUGUUGUUCUCUUCUAUUAAAGUUGGAGCGAAGCACCCUGCAAUUUCAGAGCAUAUUAUUCUCCCUUGUUUGAGAAUCAUUUCUCAGGCUUGCACUCCUCCAAAAUCUGAUUCUGGUGAAAAAGAGCCUGGUGUGGGAAAAUCUAGCUUGAUGCAAGGAAAGAAUGAUGAUACAGCUGGCCAUUCAGUAACUAAUGUGCCCACUUCGAGGACACAAUCUGAGGUAUCAGGAAAGAUUCCAGAUGGCAGUCGAAGAGGACAGGAUAUCUCACUUCUCAGCUAUUCAGAAUGGGAGAGUGGUGCAUCUUAUCUUGAUUUUGUGAGGAGGCAGUAUAAAGUAUCACAAGCAGUGAAAGGACUACAGAAAACACGUCAUGAUUCUCAAAAAUCUGAUUACCUGGUUCUAAAAUAUGGACUCAGAUGGAAGCGUCGUGCAUGUCGGAAGUCAUCUAAAGGUGACUUCUCAAAAUUUUCCUUGGGCUCCUGGGUGUCAGAUUUGAUCUUAAGUUCGUGCUCUCAGUCAAUAAGAUCUGAAAUAUGCACUCUCAUAAGUUUGUUAUGCCCAUCAAACUCAUCCAGACAGUUUCAGUUACUGAACUUGCUUAUGUCGUUACUCCCUAGAACGCUGUUGGCUGGUGAAAGUGCUGCAGAGUACUUUGAGUUACUUGGGACAAUGAUUGAUACAGAAGCUUCACGUCUUUUCUUAACCGUUCGUGGUUGUUUAACCACAUUAUGUUCUUUGAUAACAAAAGAAGUGUCCAAUGUUGAAUCACAGGAGAGAAGCCUUAGCAUUGACAUUUCACAAGGAUUCAUUCUCCACAAGCUUGUUGAGCUUCUCAACAAAUUUCUUGAAAUUCCCAAUAUUAGAGCAAGAUUUAUGAGUGAUAAUUUAUUAUCUGAUGUGUUGGAGGCUUUUCUGGUUAUCCGUGGGCUAGUUGUGCAAAAGACAAAGUUAAUUAAUGACUGCAAUAGACUUUUGAAGGACCUUCUUGAUAGCUUGCUUGUAGAGAGUACUGCAAACAAACGCCAAUUUAUUCGUGCUUGCAUCUCUGGAUUGCAAAAGCAUGUGAAGGAAAAGAAGAGACGGACAUCUCUGUUUAUUUUGGAGCAACUCUGCAAUUUGAUUUGCCCAGUAAAGCCUGAACCUGUUUAUCUUCUAAUUCUAAACAAAGCACAUACUCAAGAAGAAUUCAUUAGGGGCUCUAUGACAAGGAAUCCAUACUCCAGUGCUGAGAUUGGCCCACUGAUGAGAGAUGUGAAAAAUAAAAUAUGCCAUCAACUUGAUUUGAUUGGUCUUUUAGAGGAUGACUAUGGUAUGGAGUUACUGGUUGCUGGGAAUAUAAUUUCACUUGACCUUAGCAUCUCCCAAGUCUAUGAGCAAGUAUGGAGAAAGCACCAUGGUCAAACUCAGCAUUCUUUGUCCAAUGCUAGCACACUGUCUGCUGCUUCAUCUGUCAGAGACUGUCCGCCAAUGACAGUCACUUACAGACUGCAGGGAUUAGAUGGUGAAGCUACUGAGCCUAUGAUUAAAGAGUUAGAAGAUGAAAGGGAGGAAACACAAGACCCUGAAGUUGAAUUUGCUAUAGCAGGUGCUGUUAGGGAAUGUGGAGGCCUUGAAAUUAUAUUAAGCAUGAUUCAGAGCCUACGCGAAGAUGAGUUAAGAUCUAACCAGGAAGAGUUGGGUUCAGUUCUUAACCUUCUGAAGUAUUGCUGCAAAAUCCGUGAAAAUAGAUGUGCCUUAUUACGCCUGGGUGCACUGGGUUUGCUACUAGAGACAGCCAGGCGUGCAUUCUCAGUAGAUGCGAUGGAGCCAGCUGAGGGCAUUCUAUUGAUUGUAGAAAGUCUUACAAUGGAAGCUAAUGAGAGUGAUAUAAGUAUUGCGCAAAGCGUUUUUACAACUACUGAGGAGACUGGUGCUGGUGAGCAGGCAAAGAAAAUUGUUCUCAUGUUUUUGGAGAGGCUAUGCCCACCUGAUGGUGCCAAAAAAUCAAACAAGCAACAAAGAAACGAGGAGAUGGUGGCAAGGAUCUUACCUAAUUUGACCUAUGGGGAGCCAGCAGCCAUGGAGGCUCUGGUUCUGCAUUUUGAGCCCUACCUUAUGGACUGGAGUGAGUUUGACCUGUUGCAGAAGCAACAUGAAGAUAAUCCAAAAGAUGAAACUUUCAGAAAAAACGCAUCCACUCAGAGGUCUGCUGUUGAAAACUUUGUUCGAGUCUCAGAGUCACUCAAGACAAGUUCUUGCGGUGAAAGGCUGAAGGAGAUAAUUCUAGAGAAGGGCAUUACAAAAGCUGCUGUAGUUCACCUGAGGGAAAGCUUCGCUUCUGCAGGCCAGACUAGCUUUAGGACUAGUGCAGAAUGGACAGCAGGGUUAAAACUGCCUUCCAUUCCACUCAUACUGUCAAUGUUGAAGGGGCUUGCCAAGGGUCAUCUGCCUACACAGAAGUGUGUUGAUGAAGAAGACAUUCUGCCACUGCUUCAUGCUUUAGAAGGAGUGCCAGGUGAAAAUGAAAUUGGUGCAAGAGCAGAAAAUCUUUUGGAUACCCUUGCCAACAAAGAAAAUAAUGGUGAUAGUUUCCUGGGAGAGAAGAUUCAAGAGCUGCGACAUGCUACAAAGGAUGAAAAGCGCCGCCGUGCUCUCAAGAAAAGAGAAAUGCUACUUCAGGGGCUAGGAAUGCGACAAGAAUUUGCUUCUGAUGGAGGUAGACGUAUUGUUGUCUCUCAACCUAUAAUUGAAGGCUUGGAUGAUAUGGAAGAAGAGGAGGAUGGGUUAGCAUGCAUGGUUUGUAGAGAAGGGUAUACUUUAAGGCCGACUGACAUGUUAGGAGUCUAUGCAUUCAGUAAACGGGUGAACUUGGGUGCGACAAGUUCAGGAAGUGGCCGUGGGGACUGUGUCUACACUACUGUUAGCCACUUCAACAUAAUACAUUACCAAUGCCAUCAGGAGGCUAAAAGAGCUGAUGCUGCACUGAAGAACCCUAAAAAGGAAUGGGAUGGUGCUACCCUGAGAAAUAAUGAGACGCUGUGUAACUGCAUCUUUCCCUUGAGGGGGCCAUCUGUUCCUCCGGGGCAAUACACACGAUGUCUCGACCAGUAUUGGGACCAAUUGAAUUCUCUGGGACGAGCAGAUGGAAUUCGCCUCCGCUUGUUAACAUACGACAUUGUUCUGAUGUUGGCAAGGUUUGCGACAGGUGCUUCUUUCAGCACUGACUGCAAAGGUGGGGGAAGGGAGAGCAACUCGCGGUUUCUUCCUUUCAUGAUCCAGAUGGCUUCUCAUCUUGUAGAUGGAAGUGCCAACCAACAACGUCAUGUCAUGGCCAAGGCUGUGGCCUCCUACCUGUCCAAUUCACCUUCAACUCCAGAAUCUCCUGUUCGACUUUCAGCUCUAUCUGGAGCGCGUGGUGGUUCAGGUUCCUCGGAGGAGACUGUACAGUUCAUGAUGGUCAAUUCUCUGCUGUCUGAGUCCUAUGAGAAUUGGCUGCAGCACCGCCCCGCCUUCCUGCAGAGGGGCAUCUACCAUGCUUACAUGCAACACAAGCAUGGACGAUCCACCCUCAAGCUUUCUGCUGACGCGUCUUCCUCUGCAGUCCGAUCAGAUGAAGGAUCGUCCGCUGAUUCCGGCGACAGCAAGAGGCUCUUUGCCAUCGUCCAGCCGAUGCUGGUGUACACUGGCUUAAUUGAGCAGCUUCAGCAAUUCUUCAAAAAAGGCAAAUCAUCUGGCACGCAUAAGGUCGGUGAAAAAGAUGAAUCAAGUGGUGGUAACCUCGAAGCUUGGGAGAUUAUAAUGAAAGAAAAACUGGGAAACAUGAAGGAGAUGUUAGGGUUCUCCAAAGAUAUGCUCUCAUGGCUAGAAGACAUGACCUCGUCUGAGGACUUGCAGGAGGCCUUUGAUGUGAUGGGUGCCUUGGCGGAUGUGUUCUCUGGUGGUUACACUACAUGUGAAGAUUUCGUCCGGGCAAUCAUACACGGUGGAAAGAGCUGAGCGAAAUUUUCUGGAGGAUGUAAUACUUGCCAUGUGCCUGUAUGUUUGUAAGGUUAGGCAGCUUUUGUGUGCCAUCUGUAAACAUUAUAAUCCCUGUUAAUUAAUUGAAUGCUUUCGUCCUGGCAUUUACAACCUCCAUUCUUGUUCUUGCUCCACAUGCAAUUGACGGCACUUGGGAAGGUAGAUAGCUUGGUUAUCUACUGCAUGUGUCCUAAUAUAAGAAGUUUUAGGGUCAACUAGGUAUUAUGGAAAUAAAUAGAGAAAUUAAA